GGUUAAUCUCGUCACGAAGUCUCGUGAAAUAAACAACAUCAGCACCUUAACGUUGAUUGGUCCCUUUUGAGAAAGGGUACGAGUUUUGAAAAGCGAAGAAAAAUAAGGCACGUCUUUUGGUGUUAUUGAGUGACGGAAAAAUAUUUUAUGAAAAGCGUUAUUUACUUUAAUGCGCACCGUUAUACUCAGUUAGUUAUUUAACCGUUGCUAUAAUUUAUUGCUCUUUUACUACAAAACAUUUAUACAUUCUCUUGAUUGCGUGUAUUUUGAUGUUGAGAUGGAUGCCCAUAAGAUGCCAGAAAGUCAUUUUCCUACAAAACAAAAGGAAUUCCUUGGUCCAAUGACGUCACUGAGUACGAGCACACCGGUGUGUGCGAGAUCGAAACCCAUGGGUGUAAUCUUCAAGGGUGACAAGAUGAGUCCAGCCAGUGCUGGGCUCCUCGAACACGACAGUGGCUAUGUAGAUUCCCUGGGCGACUUAACGUUUCUGUCUGAUCACGACGGAAGUGACGGUCGCCUGUCGGCAGAAAUCAUAUUGAAUAACACGCCAGUCUCACUUGAUCAACGCUCAGCCCCCAACCUCCAUCUCUACAGUCCCAUUUCUCUGUGCCCCCCAGACUGCAACCCCCCAUGUUCCACACAGUGUUUGAAAGACUUUGAUUUGUUUGAUAUUCCCGAAGAUGAGUUCUGUAGUGGGUUUAAAGAGAUGUCGAUGGACAGUUUUGAUCUCGACAGCGAGAGUGGCAGUAAGUGUAACAGCCGUGUUUCUCCAUACACUUCAAGUGAACGUGAAGAAGCCAGAGUGUUGAGUGCACUUUCACCUGAGGAGCCGGAGCGCUUUGAUAAAUUUCUCAAACAUUUUUCUCCCCGAGAACCUGAUAGGUUGAUUGGUCGUAAGAUUGGGCUGGACCACGUGGACAUCAUUGCAGAGUUGCACUUAAGAAGUAUUGACACCAGCCUCAUACUAUCUUUCCUGGAACCAGCUGAUCUUUGUCGCAUGUGUAAGGUGAGCCGUCAGUGGAAAGUGAUCUGUAUAGGGAUGCCGAGUGCAGACAGGAGGAGGCUCGAGUUUGUAAAGAAAAACAAAGCAGCUUUCACAGGAAAGGAAAACUAUGGCAGGAAGUUAUCAGAUCGGCAACAUCGCGGUUUGACGAAUUCCGGUGCCACACUGGGUUGUGUGCAGAAUAUUGAAUUACAGACCAAGCCACCAUUUCUUGAAAUUUCUCCAAACAAACAAGACAUUUCUUUUUCUAAGGCUGCUCAGUUACUGCAGCAUGAAGAACGACUCUGCCACUGUCCAAAGUGUCACUUUGCUUCCAAAGUGGUUCCCGUGGAGGAGCGGGGCAUCUGCUUCAAGUGCAGCUAUGAUUUCUGUAUCAAGUGUUUGACGGAAUACCACCAAGCUCGACCGUGUGUUCCCGUCGCCUGCAAGAAGGCCAAGACGGACAAUGUUGGAGGGAAGAAGAGCAAACGCAAUUUAAAACGCUUAUAGCACUGGCAGAGGCAGAACUUGCUGCCACCUUUUCAUCUAAAUGUGACUGAUUACACAUUUGCAUCGAUUUCAACCACAGUGAAAAUCAGAUGGUGGCCAAAUGAAGCAAAUGUACAUCAGUGUACAAGAUUGUAUAUCAGAGUGUAGGAGAUCUAUGUCAGAAUGUAGGAGGUUGUAUAUCAGAGUGUAGGAGAUGCCAGAACGUAGGAGGUUGUACAACCAGAGUAUGUGGUUUUAUUCAGUGAGCACUUCUGUGAUAUUGUAAAGAAAAUGUGUGAACGGAUCAUGUAACACUGACAAUCAGACUUGGUUUCUUGCUUGUUCACCUGGUGAAGUGUAAGUGUUUGAGACCAUGUGAACACACUAGUCCUUCAAGUGCAACAGUUUACAUGUAGUGGUGACAUGUACUACUACAUUGCACAUUCACUUGUACAAGCAAGAGAUGAAAAGAAACCAGUUGAUUACAGUGCAUUACAUUUUAGAGUAUGUACUAGUCAUUUUACACAUGUGCAUGUUGGAUAUAUUCUGACAAACUGCCAUCCACAAACAUCAUAUGAUUCAGUUGUGUGGAAAUGUUAAAAGAAUACCCAUCAUUUCAUCUAGAAGAGUGAACAAUGACAAAUUGACAUCCUGUGUGUAUUUGUGUAAACAUUGUAUUUUCCUAAAAGACGGUUGACUUCCAGCUGAGCCCAAGAUGACAUGCUUGAACUACAACUGGAUAUACCUGCACAAAAAGAAAUUAAAAUUAAACCAAAGAAAUACUGAUCGUAUAGCAACCAGAAUGAAAUUGAAUUCUUCAAGUGUAAAUGAAAAGCAUGCUAAUAUGACUGUUGACUACCAAUUGACAAAUUAUGUAGAUCAUUAUGACUUACUACAAUCAUAGUAUGCCGAAGAUAACACAAAUGUCAUUGGGCCCUGUGUUGUUGCAGUGUAACUGCUUUAUCAAUACUGUACUCAACCCCUGCAAUUAAGAAAAUGUCCAUGGCAAAAAACAUUGGAAACAAGAGCCUGAAUAGUCCAAGGCAAAAAAGAGCUGCAGAGAACUAAAACCUCCGCAGCAUUGCCUAUUGCCGUGGGCCAUUGCAGGAGUUGUGUAUUUAUAGAUACCAGUAUUUAAACCAUUGUAAUCCGCCAAUUGAAUUCACACUAAGGUUUAUCAGAUAUUGAAUUUGGGGAUUAUUAAAUUUUUUAACUUCACCAGAAUCACAAACAUGAUUUAAUAUAGAUGUUUUAGGAUUCCAUCUCUUACAUUUCCAACCCAAAAUCUGGGAUUCGUGGAAGCACAUGAUCUUGCCAAAUUGGCAGCCUGUUUGUAAAACAGACCUGGCGACCUUUAUUAGUCUCCUACCUGUCCAACUGGAGGGGACUAGGUUUUGUCUCUGUCCGGCUGUCAAUGUUUCAAGAUAUUGAGCUGCUUUAUCAUGGACAGUUACAGAUCCAAGUUUCAUAAAGAUUUACCCAUUUUUGACAGUUAUGUUCAGAUCAAGUUUGACCUUUUAUCAAUGGGAAUUAUUCAAGGAACUUAACUGUCAAAAAUGGAAUUUACUUAUAUUUCACAGGGAUAUGACCCUUGAACUUUGGAGAUCAGAACAUUUGUGGAGACAUGCAUUGCUUAAGGGGCGUUCUCAUUAUGCGAUUAGUCGUACCAACUUGUUGCAUGCGACGGAAUCGUACUAUGAGAACAUACAAACCGGAGCGACAAGUCGUGUCGUAAUCGUACUGAUUAGAACAUGUUCUAUUUCUCACGACAGAUCGUAAGCUCUCAGCCAAUCAAAUCACAUUAAAGUACAACUGUUUAGUUUUUUACUUCCGUGUUUUUUCACCUGCAUGUAAACAUAUCAAAAUGUCCAGAUUUCAUGGGUUCAUAAAACCUAUUGCUGUCGAGAUGUGGUCAAUAAUUGUUUUGUUACAUAAUACCAUCAGUAAAUGGUCUACAUUCAUGUUUUCUUUAUUUCAGUGGAAUUUGUAGGCACUUACAUUUCCCGCAAAAUAUUUUUAAACUGACAAGCUUUGUUUAACGUCAUUUAAUUUUAUAACGUAAUGUCUUCCCACACACAAUUCUAGUCACUACAACAAAUCGCAUGUGACAAGCCGCUUUAGCAGUAUUCUCAGAAUGCUUGUCUAAUCAAACUACCUUUUAAUAUUGGUUUGUUAUGGUGUAUAUCUCACCUUGCCAUUGUACUAGUAGCUUGUUAGCAAGGUUGUCUACCUAGGUUGUGGUCUUGUUAUAUCUGUCGAUAUGAUUUUUUGUGGCAAACCAGGGAUUCAUGGCUCCAUUCUCACAAUUCCCACCCAGGGUAAACAUGAGAGAAUGAUUUUUUUUUUAAAACCAAAAAGCACGAGUUGACUGAUUUGUCAUCUGGCAGGGUGGCACUAAACAGUGGGGCACCCUUGUAUUUAUUGCUAGUUAGACACUAUAUCAAUUACUAUGAACUCAUUUUAAUGAACAUGUGUUUUAUUAUUUAUAAUGAAUGCAUUUUUAAUUUAGAAGUACCUGUAAGUAUUAUUGCUAGUAUUGUAAAGUUUUUAUAUUGUCUAGUAAUAGUAUAUUUAAUUUUAAAACCCAUCGUUAUUUCACUUAGAAGAUUAUUGCAAGUAUUAUAAUAUGCGUACAAAUAACACAGUACAUUCAUUUGCACUGUGCCUCACUUGAUCCCAUGCUAGUGUGUCUAUUGGCUGAAGAAAUCUGUAUAUAGAGGAUUCGUCACAAGUAUUUUUUAAUAUGGAAAAUAUCAACCUAGUCUUAUGUUAGGGGUCAUCCAUUUAGUACGUACACACAAUUUUCCGAUUUUUUGCAUACGCCAGUGCCCAUACCCCCCCCCCCCCCCCCUUGCGUACAUACGCAAAAGAUCGUCAGUCAGUACCAGUAAAUGUAGACAAUGCCACCGUCGAUGUCAUCAUGGUAUACUAUAAUUAAUGAAUACUGCUCAUUGUACAAAUGUAUUAAACAACGCUUGACGACGAAUAAAAUGUUUCUAAAUGUAUUAUAAACCGGAACGUCUGCUCUGUUUUAAUUAC